AUGAGAUGUUACGUGUUUACCGCUAAGAAAUGUCUGACCACCAUUAAAAUUGGGAUCACCUACAGCAUCAGUAACCAGAGUAAAUCUGACCCUCAUGUUUGCGUGUUUGCUGCGCAGGAAGAGCCUGUGAGCGUUGAAGCAGAGAACAACUAUCAUGAUCGGGUCACUCGCACCAAAAUCAUGACAGCGCAAUAUGAAUGUUAUCAAAAAAUAAUGAAGGAACCUGAACAAAGAAAAGAAGCUGUUUGUAACAGGACGUGGGACGGUUGGCUAUGUUGGGGAGAUGCAGUUCCAGGGACUGUUCCUGUGCAACGUUGCCCUGAUUAUUUUCAAGAUUUUGACCCUUCAGAAAAAGUUACAAAAAAAUGUGAAGAAAAUGGACACUGGUUCAAGCAUCCUGAAAGUAACAGAACGUGGACAAAUUACACUCUGUGUAAUGCCGUGACGCACGAGAAAGUAAAGACUGCCUUAAACUUAUACUAUUUGACAAUUAUUGGACAUGGACUCUCUAUAGCAUCACUCCUAAUAUCCUUGGCUAUCUUUUUUUAUUUCAAGAAUUUAAGCUGUCAGAGAAUUACACUUCAUAAAAAUUUGUUUUUCUCCUUCGUAUGCAACUCUAUUGUUACAAUCAUUUGGCUAACUGCAGUGGCUAACAACCAAUCUUUAGUUGCUACCAACCCAGUUAGCUGCAAAAUAUCUCAGUUUAUUCACCUUUACCUGAUGGGAUGUAAUUAUUUCUGGAUGUUAUGUGAAGGAAUAUACUUACAUACUUUAAUAGUUGUGGCUGUUUUUGCUGAGAAACAACAUUUAAUGUGGUAUUACCUACUUGGAUGGGGAUUUCCUCUGAUACCUGCUUGUAUACACGCUGUUGCAAGAAGCUUAUAUUACAACGACAACUGCUGGAUUAGUUCUGACACUCAGUUGCUAUAUAUCAUUCACGGACCCAUUUGCGCUGCUCUUUUGGUAAAUCUGUUUUUUCUUUUGAAUAUUGUACGUGUCCUGAUAACAAAAUUAAAAGUUACGCAUCAAGCAGAAUCAAACCUGUACAUGAAAGCUGUACGAGCAACCCUUAUCCUUGUGCCUCUUCUUGGAAUUGAAUUUGUAUUAUUCCCAUGGAAACCUGAGGGACGGAUUGCGGAGGAGGUCUAUGAUUAUGUUAUGCAUAUCCUUAUUCAUUAUCAGGGAUUAUUGGUUGCAACCAUCUUUUGCUUUUUCAACGGAGAGGUCCAAGGUGUUCUAAAAAGGCACUGGAAUCAAUACAGAAUCCAAUUUGGAAAUAGCUUUACGCAUUCGGAAGCUCUGCGCUCAGCAUCAUACACCGUUUCUUCAGUCUCUGAGCAGGGAACUCUGUACAUUCACAAUUACAACAGUGAACAUUCAAAUGGAAAAAGCUGCCAUGAUAUGGAUAAUGUUCUUUAUAAAUCUGACAAACCAUAUAUGUGAAAAUGUGCCUUUCUGUAGACUGUAUGAAUAAGUGUAUACUAGCUAUUGGCAAAUAAUGCUUUUUGAGUGAAUGAUCGUUGACUAAACUGAAUGUCAUUGCAUUUCAUAUAACUUUGCAUUUUAAACAAAGUUGGUAGUUACAAUAUUGUAGCUAACACAUAUGUACUAUAAACAUACUGGGUAAGAUUACAAGUCGCGCAGCAAAGCUGUUUUUUCCCAGCAGUGAAAACACUGUGGGCACCCGAAAUUGCGCAAUCACCAUAGCAAUUUCACAUUCCCCAUAGAAGUCAAUGCAGAAGAAAAAAAAAAAACGAACACCCGUUGCGCAUACAACAUAGCAUAUUCGCAUUAGCAAAUGUGAAAUAUUUACAGUAAAUACAUAGUUAAAAUCUUUAUUAAAAUAUGAAUAUUGCAUAAAUAUGUUUUAUCAUGGUUUUAUCUACUUAAUGGCAAAGGGAUAUAAUGCACUUUUAUAAAUGUCUAUAUAUACAGUAUAUAUAUAUAUAUAUAUAUAUACUGUAUAUCUACAUAUAUAUUUGUUUUUAUAUGUGUAUAUAUGUCUGUCAAUACAUAUGUAAACAUAUAUAUACAUAUACAGUGUGUGUGUGUGUGUAUAUAUAUAUAUAUAUAUAUAUAUAUAUACAUACAAGUACAUCUUUAGCAAUAUAUCUGUAUGUAUUUCUAUGAAAAAUCCCAUUGUCUGCUUUUUUCUCUCUAACACUCAAUAUAUAUAUUUGAGCCCUUAUAACUUUUGUGUGCAAUGAUUUUUUUAAAUAAUUUUUUUGAACAGUGUUAAUAUGAGUGUAACUGUACUUUGUAAUGUAUUUUUGAAGUGUUUUGUAAAACUUUUUUGUUGCGGAAAACUGUUAACUACAGCUCUUGGAGCGGUGAAAGGAUUGCUGCGUAAAAGGUGACUGCAUGCGCGCAAUCAAGAUUUUUCAAAACUUGUAAUAUGCGCAAUGGACAAUUGCUUGUAAAAGAACCGUAUCGCACGCGGGAAAGGCAUACUGUGUGACUUGUAAUCUUGCCCACAAUAUGGUAUUAUAUAAGUACAGUAUGAAUAUAUUUACACCAAAUCUAAAACAUGUCAGUGCUAUCUGAAAUACUCUCUGUUUGACCUAUUCACUAAAUAGUGCCUUCUAAGUGGUUUGUUUCUAUCUACAGUGUCUAAUGAUAUAGCGCUGGUUCUCUCUGCUUAUGACGCACACAUAUACACUAAGAUUGCAGUACAAAUUACAGACAUUGUGCUGUCACAUAUCACUAUGCAUUCAUUCAAGAGAGAACAGACUAAUGAUUUUUUUGUAUAAUAAAUGUGAAACCACUAUGUCUGUACGUAUCAGUCAUACAGCAAAAGGUCAGUAUUAUUUUAUUGUAGUAUAUUUUACUAUUUCAAAAUCUUUAUAUUGUGUUUGCAUUUUUUGGCAUGCAGACUGUGUUACAAGUUACUUUUAUACACAAAUAGACCUUCAAAAUGGUUUACUAAACCUAUUUUGAAUAAACUUUUUUUUUUUACUAUUUUAUGCUUCUUUGGCUGUAUUGGUAUAAAUGACUUUUGCAGCAAAAUGCAAUUAAUUACUCUACUUUAUUAACUGUAUAUUUAUGUUUCAAUAAAGAUUGUGUUUAUGUUGUUCUCAAUUUUUUAAUUAACCUCUUGUGCUAAAUGACAUAUUUACAGCUAUGUGUUUUCAGUAUACAAAUUCUUGUGAAGAAUGUGGCAAACACUAAAGAGUCUGUAAUACUGAACCAUAUAUUUCACCUCUCUACAAUUAAUGGUAUAUAUGAAGCAGAUAUUUUCCUAUGGAAGUUAAUAAAAGUAUUUGUCAUAUAUUUUGUAAAUGCCUUUUUGUUUUUUUCUUUGUAUUCAGAUCUGUUGCUCUAAGUAAAUGACGUGAAUUUCUUUAAAAUAAAUAUAUUCACUAUUUAGUAA